UUCCGCUUUCCCGCACAGUCGCCGAGGGACCCGGGUACCGCGACCCCCGCCGGGCCGACCCCUCGGACCCGGACGCCGCCGAGGCCGGGCCAGCGCCGCGAGCGGGAAGUUUCCCUUUUCCCUGUGCCAGCUGGGACGCUCCCACCGUGUGCGUGCAGGCCCGGCCGCCCGCGCCUCGCCAGUAGCCAACAGCUGCCGCUUGGGUUGGAUCCUCAGCCCCUCGCGGGCCCCCCGGGGGCAGGAUGUCCCAGUGGUAUGAGCUUCAGCAGCUUGACUCCAAAUUCCUGGAGCAGGUUCACCAGCUCUAUGAUGACUGUUUUCCCAUGGAAAUCAGACAGUACCUGGCACAGUGGCUAGAAAAACAAGACUGGGAGCAUGCUGCUAAUGAUGUUUCAUUUGCCACCAUCCGUUUUCAUGACCUCCUAUCACAGCUGGAUGAUCAGUAUAGUCGCUUUUCUUUGGAGAAUAAUUUUUUGUUGCAGCAUAACAUAAGGAAAAGCAAGCGUAACCUUCAGGAUAAUUUUCAGGAAGACCCAAUACAGAUGUCUAUGAUCAUCUAUAACUGUCUGAAGGAGGAAAGGAAGAUCCUGGAAAAUGCCCAGAGAUUCAAUCAGGCGCAGUCGGGGAACGUUCAGAGCACUGUGAUGUUAGACAAGCAGAAGGAGCUUGACAGCAAAGUGAGAAACGUGAAGGACAAAGUUAUGUGUAUAGAGCACGAGAUCAAGACCCUAGAAGAUUUACAGGAUGAAUAUGACUUUAAGUGCAAAACCUUGCAGAACCGAGAACAUGAAGCCAAUGGUGUGGCAAAGAAUGAUCAGAAGCAAGAACAGAUGUUGAUCCAGAAGAUGUAUUUAAUGCUUGACAAUAAGAGAAAGGAAGUAGUUCUCAAAAUAAUAGAGUUGUUGAAUGUCACAGAACUUACCCAGAAAGCCCUGAUUAACGAUGAACUGGUGGAGUGGAAGCGGAGACAGCAGAGCGCCUGCAUUGGGGGACCCCCCAAUGCUUGUCUCGAUCAGCUGCAGAACUGGUUCACCGUAGUUGCCGAGAGUCUGCAGCAGGUGCGUCAGCAGCUUAAAAAGCUCGAGGAACUGGAACAGAAGUACACGUACGAACACGACCCGAUUACAAAAAACAAGCAGGGGCUGUGGGACCGCACCUUCAACCUUUUCCAGCAGCUCAUUCAGAGCUCCUUUGUGGUGGAAAGACAGCCUUGCAUGCCAACUCAUCCCCAGAGGCCGCUGGUCUUGAAGACGGGGGUCCAGUUCACGGUGAAGCUGAGACUGUUGGUGAAACUGCAGGAGCUGAAUUACAAUUUGAAAGUCAAAGUCUUAUUUGAUAAAGAUGUGAGUGAGAGGAAUACAGUAAAAGGGUUUAGAAAGUUCAACAUUUUGGGCACGCAUACGAAAGUGAUGAACAUGGAGGAGUCCACCAACGGAAGCCUGGCGGCAGAGUUCCGGCACCUGCAACUGAAGGAACAGAAAAAUGCUGGCACCAGAACAAAUGAGGGCCCUCUGAUCGUCACCGAAGAGCUCCACUCCCUUAGUUUUGAGACCCAGUUGUGCCAGCCUGGUUUGGUCAUCGACCUCGAGACGACCUCUCUGCCCGUCGUGGUGAUCUCCAAUGUCAGCCAGCUCCCGAGCGGUUGGGCCUCCAUCCUGUGGUACAACAUGCUGGUGACAGAACCCAGGAACCUGUCCUUCUUCCUGAACCCGCCUUGUGCACGAUGGUCCCAGCUCUCGGAGGUGCUCAGUUGGCAGUUUUCUUCUGUCACCAAAAGAGGUCUCAAUGUGGACCAACUGAACAUGCUGGGAGAGAAGCUACUCGGUCCCAACGCCGGCCCCGAUGGCCUCAUCCCGUGGACGAGGUUCUGUAAGGAAAAUAUAAAUGAUAAAAAUUUUCCUUUCUGGCUUUGGAUUGAAAGCAUCCUUGAACUCAUUAAAAAACACCUGCUCUCCCUCUGGAAUGAUGGGUGCAUCGUGGGCUUCAUCAGCAAGGAGCGCGAACGCGCGCUGCUCAAGGACCAGCAGCCAGGCACCUUCCUGCUGCGCUUCAGCGAGAGCUGCCGGGAGGGGGCCAUCACGUUCACCUGGGUGGAGCGGGCGCAGGGAGGAGGCGAACCUUACUUCCAUGCAGUUGAGCCCUACACGAAGAAAGAACUGUCUGCUGUUACAUUCCCCGAUAUUAUUCGCAAUUACAAAGUCAUGGCUGCUGAAAAUAUUCCAGAGAAUCCCUUGAAGUUUCUGUACCCGAAUAUUGAUAAAGACCAUGCCUUCGGGAAGUAUUACUCCAGGCCAAAGGAAGCACCAGAACCGAUGGAACUUGAUGGCCCUAAGGGAACUGGAUACAUCAAGACUGAGUUGAUUUCUGUGUCUGAAGUCCACCCCUCCCGACUCCAGACGACAGAUAACCUUCUGCCCAUGUCUCCUGAGGAGUUUGAUGAGGUGUCUCGCAUAGUGGGCUCCGUGGAGUUCGACAGCAUGAUGCACGCGGUGUAGAGCGUGAACGUUUCCCCUGGCGACGUGUCUCCUUCCCACCUGUGACUCCCUCCUGCUACUCUUCCUUCACCUCCUGUGUUUCUAGGGAAACAAAGAUGAGCACAUUUGCCGCAGCCCGUGGAUAGCAAGCGGGUUUUCCCCUAAUUCAGGAACAUCUGUUACUGCGAAGGGCCUCGUGCACCUUGUGAAAGGUAACGCUGAAAGGCCCUCUCCGCAGAGUGGGUGUUGGGCACGAAAAACUCCCAGAUAACCCCGAAACCCCCAGGCGAGAACGAGACUCCUUUGGGAAUGGUGAGAAGUGGAGCUUAAGACACGCCGUGCCCGAUGUUGGUGCACAGCUGCCGCAGGCCGCCGGACAGAUCACACGGCCACCUGGGGACCCCUCUGCCGCUCCUGUAGGGUCGGCAUGUGUCUGUCCUGCAGAACUCAUUCCCUCUGCUUCACGUGUGGCUGCAGGUUUUCCCAUUGGUUUACUUGCGACCUAGUUCAAAGCCAAGUUAUGUAGAAUCACAUCAGCUGUUACCAGAGGUGGUGUCUGGCCGCGUCAGGGUCGGGAGCAGAGUUCUGUACCUGGCAGCGUUUUGCACACCGGCCAUUCAAAGCCACAAGCAAAUGCCCUCUCGUGGGAGACGUAGCUUUGCUGUCUGACGGGUUUACGAUGCCGCUGACGUCAGCACAGGGAAGUGCGUUUCCAGCCUGUGAGUAGGUCCUUGUGUUUAAACCCUGAUGCCCAGAGCCCAGUACCUUGUGCCUUCAUCGUGGUCGCUGGCAACCGAAACGGUCUCCCUCCGUCUGCCGAGGGAGCCAGGUUGACGACGGCUCCCUCAAGGCCACACUCCUGCUGUUUUUCAAGAUGUUAACAUCAAUUGUAGAUCUAGACCGACCCAGAAACUUAAUUUGUGUCUCUUAAAUGGGUUAAUGCGUCUUUAUUGUCAGUGGCUAGUAGUUAGUCUUCAUCAUAGGAUUUCCAGGCUGAGAAGAAAAAACAGUGAUGAGUAGCCGACCUGAGACCGUGGGAAGACCCAGCAGUUCAAGCCCCCAUCCUGUGUACCCGCACUGACCGCGGCAUGUUUCUCACUGAUAACUGUGUGUCUCUGACAAAUACAUUUGCAAAAACGGUUCCAUUA